AUGAUAAAACUUAAUCGUGCAUCUGGUGUUCUUGCCCAUAUUACUAGCCUUCAUGGACCAAAUGGUAUUGGCGAUAUUGGUAAUGAAGCCUAUAAGUUUAUCGAUUUCCUAUAUAAAUGUAAUCAAAAAGUUUGGCAGAUUCUUCCUUUAACUGCCAGUGAAAAACCGUCACCAUAUUCUGGCACAUCAGCAUUUGCCGGUAAUCCAUUAUUGAUUAGUUUAGAAAAAUUAGUUGACAAUGGUCUACUUGUUCAGUCGGACAUUGAAUCAAAUCGACCAACAUUUGGUGAUCGAAUUGAACAUAAUAAAGUAUUUCAAUGGAAACCUAAUAUAUUGAAUCGAGCAUAUAAUAAUUAUAAACAAAAUUAUUUAGGAAAACUUAAAAAUGAAAUUGAUACAUUCGCUAAAAAAGAACAUUAUUGGCUUGAUGAUUAUACACUUUAUAUGGCAAUUAAAGCUGAACAAAAUAAUCAAACAUGGUCAAAAUGGCCACAAGGAUUAAAACAAUAUGAUAAAAAACUUUUAGAACAAAAGCGACAUGAACAUGCAGACGCUAUUGAUCAACAUCGAUUUCUUCAAUAUAUAUUUUUUCAACAAUGGCAUCAAUUAAAACGGUAUGCUAAUCAACAUGAAAUUACAAUUAUUGGUGACAUGCCUCUCUAUGUUGAUUAUGAUAGUGCAGAUGUUUGGGCAAAUCAGUCACUAUUUCAACUUGAUCCAACAACUUCUUUACCGAGAGUAGUGUCAGGUAUUCCGCCUGAUUCAAUAGAGCGCGAUGGACAAUUAUGGAAUAAUCCGAUCUGUGAUUGGACUGGGAAUCUACGUAAAACAAAUUUCGAUUGGUGGACAAGACGUUUGAAAAAAUGUUUGGAAACAGUUGAUGUUCUUCGUAUUGAUCAUUUUCGUGGUUUAGAAGCUUAUUGGGCUAUUCCGAUGGGAUCAGAUGGAAAACCUAAAUCACCAAGUAAAGGUGCAUGGAUAAAAGGCUGUGGUGAUGAAUUUUUAACAGUAGUAAUCAAGGUACUCGGUAAUGAUUUACCAUUAAUUGUAGAAGAUUUAGGUCAUUUAACAAAAGAAGUAUUUGAUCUUCGCGACAAAUAUGGUCUUAUCGGCAUGCGUGUUCUUCAUUUUGCUUUUGGAUCUGAUCCAAAUAAUCUGUAUUUACCACAUAAUUAUGUUCAAAAUUGUGUUGUUUAUACAGGAACUCAUGAUAAUAAUACAUCACUUGCAUGGUUUCGUCAGAAUGCAACGAAAAAGGAAAAAGAAAAUUUAAUCAAAUAUUUACAAAAAGAAGGUGAUCCAGAACAUAAUAUUAAUUGGGAUUUAAUUCGAUUAGUACAUGCUAGCGUAGCUAAUUUAUCUAUUGUUCUAUUUCAAGAUAUACUUGGACUUGCAGAAGAUUGUCAAAUGAAUAAUCCAGCAUUUACACCGGAUUAUGAAGAGAAUUGGAACUGGCGAUUUAAAUGGAAACAAUUAAAACAAUCAGACAAAGAUAAACUUAAAUUAUUAACAAAUAUCUAUGGACGAUAUAGACCUAAAGAACGAUUAGAAGAAUCAACUAAAUAA